AUGGCGGUCCAAUCCCUACGAGAUAUAAACGCCUAUAACCUGCGCACCUUCAAACACCACUAUGUCUCCGAGAUCUCAGGCUCUCUUGGUGAUCUGGGCACAUUCCUACCAAUCGCCAUCGCCCUAGCGGCGAAUGGCACCGUCUCCCUCGCCAGCACGUUAGUCUUCUCGGGCGUCUUCAACAUACUAACAGGUCUAUUUUUCGGAAUCCCGCUACCAGUUCAGCCGAUGAAAGCUAUCGCCGCCGUUGCCAUCGCGCGUAGUUUCUCAAACGGCUCGAUCGCCGCGGCGGGCAUCUUCGUCGGUGCUUGUAUCCUGCUCUUCAGUGUAACCGGGAUCCUACAUUGGUUCGCCAAUGUUAUUCCUAUCCCUGUUAUCAAGGGUAUCCAGGUUGGCGCGGGGUUGUCUCUGAUCAUCGCCGCCUGUGGGAACAUGCUUCACCCAUUGGGGUGGAUCAGUCCGUCCUGGGCGGAUAACCGUCUCUGGGCGAUCGCUGCCUUCGUGGCGCUUGUGUUGACUAAUGUCUUUCGUCGAGUACCGUAUGCCCUCGCCGUGUUUGUGUUGGGCUUGGUAUUUGCCAUUAUCCGCACCGUGCUGGCGGGACAUAUGCCCGGCUUCGAGGUUUGGCAUCCUUUUGCUCUGAUUCCGACACCACAUCAAUGGCGUGUUGGUGCUGUGGAUGCUGGUAUUGGUCAGAUUCCAUUGACGACGUUGAACUCCAUUGUUGCAGUUGUUCAUCUCGCUCAUGACCUGCUGCCAAACGUGCGCACCCCAUCCAUCACCCAUGUUGGAAUUAGUGUGGCUGGUAUGAACUUACUGGGGUGUUGGUUCGGUGCGAUGCCCGUCUGCCAUGGCUCUGGUGGACUUGCGGCUCAGUAUCGGUUCGGCGCCCGCUCCGGCGCAAGUGUCAUAUUCCUUGGCGUGCUGAAGCUUAUUAUCGGCUUCCUAUUUGGCGAGACGUUGGUUGAUCUUCUGCGACGUUUCCCUUCUGCCUUCCUCGGUGUUAUGGUUAUCGCUGCUGGUGUGGAGCUGCUUAGCGUUGGAGAAAGUCUUAACACUACUGGUGCUCGGGACCUCAACCAGGCAGGGACCGGUCUUUUGGCCAGUGCUGAGCAGCAUCUGGGUCCUAUCCUCACAGACGAGGAACGAAGCCGUCGCUGGACUAUCAUGAUGGUCACAGUAGGAAUGCUGGUCGGUUUCAAGAACGAUGCUAUCGGCUUUAUUGCUGGAAUCGUGUGUCACUGUGCCUAUGAGCUUCCUGGAUGGUGGGAGAAGGCGCGGAGCCGUUGGUCGGAGGGGCGUCUACGGUUGCGCGACUAG